AUGGGGGAGAAGCAGGCAGAUAGGGUUCCAACUGCAGUCUCUUCAUCACAGUCGGCAGCGUUCAACCUUUCCCUCAGCAGGCGUAGGAGGCUGAUGAGUGACCUUAUUGAGAUAUGGUACAAGUUGUCGUCGAAGCCGGGCAAGAAGGAGAAGGAGCGGGGGGAGAUCCAGGUGAGCGUGCAGUUUGUGCGCAACAACCUGACGGCCAGCAUGUUCGACCUGUCGUCCAAGGAGAAGCACCGGUCGCCGCUGGCCAAGCUGAGGGACAAGGUGAAGGGCAAGAAGAAGCACCAGUGGCCAGCGGGCGACUCGGCCUCCGCCAUCGUGCCCAGCAGCGUCGGGCAGCUGACCAGCGACGACGACCUCAGCGAGAAGGGCGCGCCCGAGAAGAGGUCCAAGAAGGGCUUCUUCUCCCGGCACAAGCUCCACCGAUCGUCCUUGACCAAGUCCAACUCCUCGCUCAGCUCGCAGCACAGCGCAAGGUCCAUGGAGAGUGCGGACAGUAACACCGCGGUGGCUGGGCAACUGUCUCCCAACAUGCCCACCAGUCCAAGGCUCGCCUACCCACCAAUGCCCGUGCCAAGUACCAAUCCGUCCUUGGCCAAGUUAUUGACACACAAGAGGGCUCUCAGCGAUGAGGUCAACCAGGUUCUGGAGGUCCACCCGAGUCACCUGGCCCUCAAGACCAGCGCCAUAUCCCGGUCUCUGCUCUGCAUCAACGGCAGUCAUGUCUACCGCGAGGAGCCUUCCGCCAAAUCCGCUGGCGGUCUGUCGCCCAUGCCCGCCCCUGUGUGUCACGCCCAUCACCACGUGGGCUGCAAGGCGGAGGCACCGGGGGCUUCGGCCGAGGGUCGGCAGCGGCCGGACGAGCCGGAGGUCAGGGUGGUCCCUCCUGCCAUCACGGUGAACGCCGGGGUGGUGGCAGGGCCCAGCUCCGACGGCCAGGGCCAGGAGACGGAGACGGUGACGGUGACGGAGACAGUGGGGGGCGGGCAGGGGGCCAAGCCAGUGCACGCAGCCGUCCCCAUCCUUUCCACCGCCGACCCCCCCAGGGCCCAGCCGCCAGCCGAGGACAGGAAAGCCAGCGUCUUCCCCUUCGGGAGCGACCCGGAGACUAGGCCUCCACGCACCCCCUCCCCUGUGCGGAAGUCCAGCUCACUGGCAGAGAGGAGCAAAGCCAGUGGGUGGUUUCUGAAGGACAACCAUCACAAGCCAAGCCCUCACCCUGUGAAGCCCAUCACUGCCGCGGCCCUGGGGGUUACGGAGAAGAGGUCUGCCCGCUCGCACCUCAGCAACACGCUGACCAGUGGGCUUGAGAAGCUGAAGAGCGUGACGACUGGACACAUCAGCCCAAUGAGGUCGCCCGUGUCAGGACGCGAGGAGCAGGAAGCCGUGAAGGAGUCCAAGCUGGCAGACCCAGUGCAGCACUACUACCACCUGACCCACGAUGAACUCAUCAAGAAGAUCCUACAGCACGAGUCGCAGAUACAGAAGACGGAAGAGCACGUGCGGGACCUGGAGGAGUACAUUGACCUCUUGUUGGUGCAUAUCAUGGAGCAGAACCCGAGCAUUCUCCAGACAGUGAGCGAGAAGAUGAAGGACAAGACAGCUACCAAAUGAACCCCCCCCCCCUCAAAUGUGCCUCACCCUUUCGUACCCUGGAAUCACAUGCAAAUCGUGCAGCGGGUAUAAAAGGAUCUCAUCAUUUGCUGUAAACUGACCAGGUCUGUUGAUGGUCAUUUGGCAUCAAGAGACGGCAAUAGACAAGAGAUGGCAAAGGGUGAACCAGACUCGGGAAUGUUCAUAAGUUCAGCUCAUAAGUUAUAGGAGCAGAAUUAGGCCAUUCGGCCCAUUCAAUUAUGGCUGAUCUAUCUCUCCCUCUCAACCACAUUCUCCUGCCUUCUCCCCGUAACCCCCGACAACAAAGAAUGCCUUGGUUUGGGACAAACCGUAAGUGUAUACAAACAGUCCUAUGUUGGGCGACUGUUUCUCAGCUGGCUUGGAUGCACCGAAUUCACGAGCAGUUCAUUUUUGACAUGAGCACAAUGAGACUGCCGUGGCGAAUGAAAAGAAUAAAGAGUCCAACGAGCUAGUGCAGUAAGAAAUCUUCGAGGGUGAAAGUUGCGUGAUAUAUUGCAUUGAAUCUGCGCUACGCCAGACUGCCGUGCCUUUGCAAGCAUGUAACAUAAUCCAUUUAAGAUAGUAGAAAGCACUGAAACGACAGUAUUUUAGUUUGCAUUCACGUGUAUCUUCCAGCCAGCCUGCUUUAAUACUUUGGGAGAUACGUAUCUCUUGUUUAGAAGAUUCAUUCGAGCGUCCCAAUCAAAGGCAAUCUGAUGUUUGUCUUCCCCCCGUCUGUUUUGGCUGCAUAGCCUUUGUAAAUAGCUGGGUAUGAGAAUUAUCUUCUAUGCAAUUCAUAGUAUUAUCAAUGCCAUACUACUGUGCUGUAAAAACGGCGGUAUGGGUACUCCCAAUAAUACAUUGUGAAGCCGAACUUGCCAUGCACUGCUUGGGGCAACUGCAUUCUGGUGAUUUGGUGCAGCUUCCUGUCGGAUGCAUGAAACUUUGGGUUAGUAUCAUAAUCUGAUCACAGCAUGGGAUAGACAUCGAGACGAUGAACGAGCCCAAAAAUCCACACAAGAGCACUUUCCAGCAAGGUUUAAGCUAGCAAAGGGGAGGUCGGAGUGUUCACCUCAAUGUGUGGUGAGCUUGGCCAUGAUCCGCUAGCAUACAGCUUCAAGUGGUACGUUGACAGUCAAGGAGGGGGAGCAACGCCGGAAGGACAUGAACAUGCUUCCGAGCUUAACUCCUUUUUUGAAGUGAUGACAUUAGCCGAGUAACUUGAGAACAAUCCUUUGCUCCGUGGUGGUCCACCACGCUUGCAUCCAGUCACCAAUGAUCGUAAAAGAACCUCAAAUGAAAGAUGCGCAGAACAGCUUUUUAGUUUCUGAAGCCAAAUCGCACACGUUUUAGCAGGAGCCACGUUCGUGAGUUGAAGAUAUUUCUGAGUCUCUCAGGAAAUCACUUAAGUAUUACAGCUGCAGUUAUUUUUGUAAGGGGAGAGGUGGGUGGGGUGGGGAGUCUCUCAACUGGAUGCCAUUUCUAAAGAUUACUUAUAACAUGACAUCCAGAAGAUUCUGUUGUCUUAUUUUAUCUAAUGCUAUCUUGACUUUCAAGUAUUUGAAAACUGACUGUUCUCAAGGCAAAUCCGCUGUGGGGGGGAAGAAAAUUUAAACCUGAGCAAAUUAAAUUGUGAACAAAAGAUUAAACAUUCAGUGUGUGAGAAGGAACUGCUGAUGCUGCAUAAAGACUGAAGAUAGACACAAAAUGAUGGAGUAACUCAGCGGGUCAGGCAGCAUCUCUGGAUAAAAGGUAUAGGUACCGUUUCUGGUUAAGACCCUUUCAUCAGACUGAGAGUCAGGGAGGGGAAAAACUAGGGGUAUGAGAAGGUGCAGAACAAAGCAGAGCCUGCAUCCAUAACUCAGGAAAGGUGGAGCCCACAAUGAUCCAUUGUUGGCUGGGGAUGAGAUGAUAAUGAAGUAAUUCAUACGGUAAAAUUAGCAAGAGGACUAGGGUGGGGGAGGGGCGGUGAGACGGAAAGCACGAGUUAGACUUGACCGAAAUGACUUUAGUUACGACCCGAAAUGUCACCUAUUCCUUUAUUUCACAGACGCUGCCUAACCCGUUGAGUUACUCCAGCAUGUUGUACCUACCAAAGGGUCAGUAUUCUGCUGCACAGUAGGACCUUGUUUUUAAGUCGGCAUGUGUGGUAAUAUUGCAGGAAUUAAGUUGUCAUCCUCGGUGAGGUUUCACCAGCCACGUAGGGCUGGAGGAACAUCAAUUCAACACUUGUUUUGUGGAUUUAAAUUAUUGGUGAGAAAGUAAACCCGUAAUUAUCGCGUGUGUUUGCUUUGAAGAGGUAUUGAUUUCCUCCACUCCGUUGGUUCCUGCCUUACAGCCUUUGUGUAGGACUCCUGCUACACUUUGCAAAACUCCCGGCUCACAUUGUGCGAUGGGAUCGCAACAUGCCUUGCGGUAUUAUUAGCUAGAGAAUCCCGUCCACAACGAUUUCUCCAAUUGCCUUUGCCAUUGUAACUGGUGUGUACAUAGACAUAAUGAAAAUAAAUUGUGUGGAGAUGGAGCCUUCACAAAUUGCUACCUGUUAAUAAAAUUAUAUCAUGAAUAAUAAAACGAGCUUUUUCUUUCAA